AUGGCUGGUGAUUUCGAUGUUUCCCAGAAGGCUCUCGAUGAUGGGGUUCCCGUCUCUGGGGAAUCUGUGUUCUUGCAUGGAGAAUUGGAUUUGUGGAUUAUGGAAGCAAGGUCUCUUCCAAAUAUGGAUUUAGCUUCGGAAAAUUUGAGAAAAUGUUUUACUAUGUUUGGGAAUUGUGGACCACCCUUAGGCACAAAAAGUAAGAAUUCAGGCAAGCAUUCAAACCGGCAUUCAAUCAUAACUAGUGACCCCUACGUGUCCAUUUGCCUAAGAGGGGCUACUAUAGCUAGAACUAGAGUAAUUUCCAACUCCGAAAACCCUUUGUGGGAUGAGCAUUUUUGUGUACCAGUGGCUCACCCUGUUGUGAAAGUGGAGUUUCAGGUCAAGGAUAACGAUGUUCUGGGUGCUGAGCUAAUUGGAGUUGUGGGAAUAUCUGCAGAAAAGAUACUUUCAGGAAAUACAAUUAAUGGUUGGUUUCCUAUAGUUGGACCUUAUGGGAAUACUUCAAAACCUUAUCCUGAAUUGCAUCUUUCUGUUAAAUUUAGAUCAGUUGAGGAGAACCCCCUAUAUAAGGAUGGAGUUGGUGUUGGACCUGACUAUGCUGGAGUUCCAAAUACGUAUUUUCCACUUCAUAAAGGAGGGAGUGUGACGCUUUAUCAGGAUGCACAUGUGCCUGAUGGGAUGCUACCUGAAAUUUUACUUGACAAUGGGAAAGUUUUUCAGCAAAACAAAUGCUGGGAAGACAUAUGUCAUGCAAUAUUGGAAGCUCACCACUUGGUUUAUAUUAUUGGGUGGUCCAUAUACCAUACAGUAAAGCUUGUGAGGGAGCCAACACGGCCUUUGCCUUCUGGAGGAGAACUUUCCCUUGGGGAACUGAUGAAGUACAAAUCCCAAGAAGGGGUUCGUGUGGUUAUGCUCAUCUGGGACGAUAAAACUUCCCAUGACAAACUUUUUCUGAAAACGGAUGGAGUUAUGCAAACUCAUGAUGAAGAAACCAGAAAGUUCUUCAGACACUCAAGUGUCCAUUGUGUGCUUUGUCCUCGUUAUGCGAGCAGUAAGCUUAGUGUGUUCAAGCAACAGGUUGUGGGAACCCUUUUUACCCAUCAUCAAAAGUGUGUGCUUGUUGACACUCAAGCUCCUGGGAAUAAUCGGAAAAUUACUGCUUUUAUUGGUGGUCUGGAUUUAUGUGACGGCAGAUAUGACACUCCUGAGCACAGGCUAUUUAAUGAUCUCGACACUGUCUUUGCAAAUGAUGUUCAUAAUCCAACAUUUAAUCCUAGUACAGAAAUAGGUAAGCCUGCUAAUGCCAAUUUGGUAUCCUUCCAAAGGCAAGUGAAAGCUCCAGUAACUCCAACGCCCUUCGACCAGUCCCCUUCGGUGGAAGAACUGGCUCUUAGGUGGGGAACAAUAAUAAGAACAGCUUCAGUGGAGAAUGUGUCUUGUGCCGGUGGCCCAAGGCAACCAUGGCAUGAUUUACACUGUAAAAUUGAGGGUCCGGCUGCUUAUGAUAUAAUGACCAAUUUUGAACAAAGAUGGAGAAAAGCAGUAAAAUGGAGAGAUUUUAAGAUAAGAAAGGUCAGACACUGGCAUGAUGAUGCCUUGCUAAAGCUAGACCGGAUCUCGUGGAUACUGUCUCCGUCUUCUAGUCCUGAUGGUGACCGUGUUGUACAUGUUACCAAUGAAGAAGAUCCUGAAAAUUGGCAUGUACAGGUGUUUCGAUCAAUAGAUUCAGGGUCUGUCAAGGGAUUUCCAAAGGAUGUUAAGGAAGCCGAGGCACAGAAUCUUGAAUGUGGAAAGAACUUGAAAAUUGAAAGAAGCAUACAUGCAGCGUAUGUGAAAGCAAUAAGAUCAGCACAACAUUUUGUAUACAUAGAGAACCAGUAUUUUCUUGGAUCUUCAUAUUACUGGCCAUCAUACAAAAAUGCAGGGGCAAAUAACUUAAUUCCUAUGGAGCUUGCCUUGAAAAUUGCUAGCAAAAUAAGGGCGAAUGAACGUUUCUCUGUGUAUAUUGUGAUUCCAAUGUGGCCAGAGGGUGAACCCACUAGUUCUGCUGUACAGGAAAUACUUUUUUGGCAGGGGCAGACGAUGGCUAUGAUGUACAAAGUUGUUGCCCACACUCUUGAAAAGGCAGGCCUUUCCGAAGCAUAUCACCCACAGGAUUAUUUGAAUUUUUAUUGCCUUGGUAAGCGCGAAGCUUCAUCUCCACAAAGUAGACCUCAAGCUGAUCUGUCUACUGAGAGCGGCACAUUGGGAUUAGCUCAAAAGUUCCGCAGAUUUAUGAUCUACGUCCAUGCCAAAGGGAUGAUAGUUGAUGAUGAACAUGUUUUAAUGGGAUCUGCAAACAUAAAUCAGAGAUCUAUGGAUGGUUCAAGGGACACUGAAAUUGCUAUGGGAGCUUAUCAACCAAAUUACACUUGGGCAGGGAAGAAUAUUCAUCCUCAUGGCCAGGUGUAUGGGUAUAGGAUGUCUCUAUGGGCUGAACACCUUGGAACCCUUCAAAACUCUUUCCAUGAGCCACAGACUCUUGGAUGUGUUAGGAAAGUCAAUCAGAUUGCCACACAAAACUGGAAGGCAUUCGUGGCGGAGGAUCACAAAGAAAUGAUGGGGCACUUGAUGCAAUAUCCUAUUCAAGUAAGCAGAAGUGGAAAGGUGAGUCCACUGCCCGGUCACGAAAGCUUUCCUGAUGUGGGUGGUAAGAUUAUGGGAGCACCUACCAAUCUCCCUGAUGUGUAUGGGUAUAGGAUGUCUCUAUGGGCUGAACACCUUGGAACCCUUCAAAACUCUUUCCAUGAGCCACAGACUCUUGGAUGUGUUAGGAAAGUCAAUCAGAUUGCCACACAAAACUGGAAGGCAUUCGUGGCGGAGGAUCACAAAGAAAUGAUGGGGCACUUGAUGCAAUAUCCUAUUCAAGUAAGCAGAAGUGGAAAGGUGAGUCCACUGCCCGGUCACGAAAGCUUUCCUGAUGUGGGUGGUAAGAUUAUGGGAGCACCUACCAAUCUCCCUGAUGUGCUUACCACAUAACAAUUUCAUCAAAGAUUUAAGCUAAAAUGCUAAAUGAAACAUAACUGUUCAAACCAC